GACAACUGUUACGUCACAGCAAACAGCUGUUAUUGCCGCUAAGAACGUAAACAUGUCGGUGGUGAAUCCUUUUCGGACUGUAUUUCGUUUACCAAGUCGAAACCAGCGCGUCAACUGGUUUCCCGGCCACAUGACCAAGGGUAUGCGACAAAUACAACAAAGGCUACGUAACGUAGAUUGCAUUGUUGAAAUACAUGACGCGCGAAUUCCUAUAGCCGGUCGAAAUUCACAAUUCUUUGAUACUAUAACGGGCAAUGGCACAAAGCCCCAUAUAUUAGUAUUGAAUAAGAUCGAUCUCCUAGGAGGCAAGCAACAACGUGGUAUACUCAAGCAGCUUCGUGCACAUCAGCCUGCGCUGAAACAUAUUCUCUUUACCAAUUGCAAAGAUCAGCGUAACACUGGCGUAUUGGACAUAUUGCCGCUGGCAACCAAGCUAGUGGGAGAGAGUAGUAGAUUCAAUAGAGCACAAAGUGCCGAUCACAAUAUUAUGAUAAUUGGAGUGCCUAAUGUGGGCAAGAGCAGCAUCAUUAAUGUACUGCGAAAUGUGCACCUCAAAAAACGCAGUGCGGCACGCGUUGGAGCUGAGGCCGGUAUAACGCGAUCCGUUGGUGAACGUAUAAAAAUCCAGGAACAGCCACCUGUCUAUAUGAUAGACACUCCCGGUAUACUGCAACCGUCAAUCGCAGAUGAUGAAAUGGGCAUGAAGUUGGCACUGGUGGGUUGUCUGCCAGAUCAUAUCGUUGGCGAGGACUUGAUAGCCGACUAUCUACUAUACUGGCUAAAUAAGCACAAGCGCUAUGAAUAUGUGAAACUGCUUGGUCUACACUCCGGUCCCAGCGACAACAUUAGCGCCGUGCUGGCCGAAUAUGCUCAGCAACAGGCCAUGUUUCAUCGCGUCAAGCAAUACAAUGGCCAGGUGGAGGUGAUGACC